GCUGACGCGCGGGGCGGGGCGGCGAGGCCGGGCGGGCGGCGAGAGUCGAGGCUGCCGCCGCCACCGCCGCCACCACCUUCCGCAACCCAAGCAGCUCGGGGCUCCGCGGAGCCGCUGGAGCGCCAAUGCCCGGACCGACCCAAGCCCUGUCCCCAAAUGGCGAGAACAACAACGACAUCAUCCAGGAUAACGGGACCAUCAUCCCUUUCAGGAAGCACACGGUGCGCGGGGAGCGCUCCUACAGUUGGGGAAUGGCGGUCAACGUGUACUCUACCUCUAUAACCCAAGAGACUAUGAGCAGACAUGACAUCAUCGCAUGGGUUAAUGAUAUAUUAGCUUUAAACUACACAAAAGUUGAACAACUCUGUUCAGGAGCAGCUUACUGCCAGUUCAUGGACAUGUUGUUCCCCGGGUGCAUUAGCUUGAAGAAAGUAAAGUUUCAAGCAAAGCUGGAGCAUGAAUACAUUCACAACUUCAAACUUCUGCAAGCGUCAUUUAAGAGAAUGAAUGUGGAUAAGGUAAUUCCUGUGGAAAAACUGGUCAAAGGGCGCUUCCAAGACAACUUAGAUUUCAUUCAGUGGUUUAAGAAGUUCUUUGACGCUAACUAUGAUGGGAAGGAGUAUGAUCCUGUGGAAGCUCGACAAGGCCAAGAUGCUCUUCCCCCACCAGAUCCGGGUGAACAGAUCUUUAACCUGCCCAAAAAGUCUCACCAUGCAAACUCUCCGACUGCAGGUGCUGCUAAAUCCAGUCCAGCUUCUAAACCAGGAUCAACACCUUCUCGUCCAUCUUCAGCAAAAAAAGCUGCACCAAGCAGCUCAGCAUCCAAAUCAGAUAAAGAUUUGGAAACUCAAGUCAUACAGCUCAGUGAACAGGUACAUUCAUUAAAACUUGCACUUGAAGGCGUGGAGAAGGAAAGGGAUUUCUACUUUGGCAAAUUAAGGGAGAUUGAACUUCUCUGCCAAGAACACGGGGGAGAGAAUAAUGACCUUGUCAAUCGGCUAAUGGAAGUCCUUUAUGCUUCAGAUGAACAUGAGAGCCACACAGAAGAGCAUGAAGGUGAAGAACAAGUCCAUGAACAGCCCCAGCAGCAGGAGGAGUACUGACUCACCCAGCGUCUCUGACAAUUUUCAUUUUGUGUGAGAACUUUCUUCUGGAGAAUGGAACAUGUGUGGCCUCAAACUUGAAAUCUGUUCACUCCCAGUCUGCCAUUAACAUUUAUGUACCAUAGUGAGUGCCAGCCAACCACUGCAUUCUGUACCCAUAUUUUGCCAAGAUGCAUUUGCAGACGUCUUCUUUCAGUGUACCUUCCCAAGAGGUUGUAGGGCUACAUCACCUACUGUACAUCACUGCAACUUCACCACUUGGCUGCUUGAGAUUUGUUCUGCUCUUUAAAAAAUAUAUAUAUUUAUUUUUUUUUCUUUUUCAUCUUAAAUAUGAUACACUUGUAACUUGUUCUAACAUAUUUAUAUUGGCAUUUUGUGUGGCAAGAAGUACCGUACCACUAGCUGUGUCUCUCACUUUGUGGUGCUUUUGCGUUUUCUAGUACAUCUGCAUUGGGGAAAUAAGUUCGAUCAAACAGUUGGAACAAAGGGAUACAGUGGAAGUCAUACUCAAGCCAUAACGAUGAGGUGUGUUGUGGAGGGAAAUGCUUAUGUUGCUCACGGUUAUUCCUUUCCUGCCUUCACAAAAUGGAAGGCAGAGCAUCUGUUUCACUAGGAGAGAUUUCAAUCCCUGUGUUAGAAAGCUUGUUAGAAAGCCGCAUGAUAUGUUUUUUGGCUUGUUUCUGGAGGAACAGACAUCCACUAAAGUUUUCUGAAAACUCUCCCAGUUUCCCGACUAGUCAACAGACAUUUCCCAGCUUUUCUUCCUUCCUGAGGAAUCCAGUCCCAGCCUCCAGCUGCAGCCCUGCCUCCGCAGAGCUCAGUGCUGAUGGAGGAGAGAAAUCUCCUUGACACAAGCGUUGCUGCAGGACAUGAUCUCUGCUGUCAUACUUGGCUUCCCACCCUUCAGAAGAGGGCAAAGUAGGCCAGCCAUUUCUUUUCACUCUCCUCCCCCCCUCUGCUACCUUGGCCAUAUGAGUAUGGAAGAUGGAAAAUUUCCUCACUAGUGCAAGGCAUGGGGAAAAAACAGCAACAGCGCUAGCCCUGAACCCCGCCCCGAACUCCCUUUAAGUGAGUGGUGGACAACUCAUGGGUAUUGAGGCUGCUUCCAAAGCACGUAGAGGCAGUGAGGAGGCCUUUUGGAGAUGGAGCAUGCAUUAAAGGGGGACCAAGUGAUUUGAGGGGCACAGAGACGGUUCUGCCCUUGGCUGACCUUCCACUGGCGAGGCUGGCAUGGUGCAGAAUGACAUCUGCCUUGGAGAUGUCCGCAGUGAAACUGUUCCCUUCCAGUGCAGUCCCAUUGCCGUGUUAUGUAAUUGUUCUAAAUGACGGUAUUUUAUAAACAGAGGUAUCUCGACGGGUAUAAAGCAUUCCUUAUUUUUCUCUUAAAACUGCACAUUGUGGUCUCUGAAUAUUUUUAAUGCUUGGUAUUGUACUCUCACUUGAUUUUCUUAAUUCUGGAUGUUAUGCUGAUUUAGCAGGUACAUGGAAGUCCCAUCGCAAUCAGCAGUCACUGAAAAACUCAGAAGACUAUUGAACAGCUAAAUAAUCCUUGGACCCUCAUGGACUUGUAAAGCUUAAGUUUCCCCGCUUAUGCUUCCAUAGAAGGGUUUUCAAUUAAUCGACCCCCUGGCACACACAGACAUUAACACGCAGUUUUCUGUUCCUAAUCAGUCUUCUGCAGCUAAGUGGCGCUUAGUUAAAUGUGAGAUCCCUGCUGUUGUGUUGCACCACAGACAAUAUAUAAAAUACUGUUAAGCAUUAGAACAGGUAUUUCCAUCCAGUUCCUUGGUCACCCCCCCUACUCAGCAAAGGUUUCUUCUACUGCAGGCUGAAGGCUUUCCUUUCCUGCCUCCAGCGUUGACCUCACUUCUUACUUGAUGAAGUGAAAGUGCUGCAAGCUCCAGGCCAGCACCUUCCCGUUUGAAUUGGUUACAAAUAAGAUCUGGUUUAUAAAAAUCUGUAUAUUUCAAAAUGAGUAUUUCUGAGAAUUGCCACAAAUGGGGGAAUUGUCAUUUUUCUUGUAUUUGUGUUUAUUAGAACAUAUGUACUUACUACAAUUGUCAUUGUAAUAAACAGUAGUUCUUCAUAAUAUUGUUGAACUGAAGAGCAGUUACUAAUUUUUUUCCAGUCUCCAGAAUGUCCUUUUAACUUGUUUGGGAUUUCUGAUGGCGCAACGAGUUUGGGAUCAGGCUAUAAACUUAAUUUCUUCAGUACCAGUCUCUGCUUACUGCAGUUCAUUCUGCUUAUACUCGAGGAGAUGCAUGGAGAGCAUUUGAAGAGAAUAUGUUUUUCUAAAGGUGCAAAUGGUUGGGUUGCUGAGCUCCUGGGAGGGUUCGUAGCCAGGCGCUUGUGCCUCUCUCCUUUUCUCUCUUUAAAGCGCAUAUGGAAAAAAAAUAUAAAAGGCUGAACUUCAUUUCUUGAAAAUUCCUUAUCCCAUUUCUGGUUGGAAAACCAUAGCCCUCUCACUGCUUGUAUCCAGGGGCAAGUGACUGAUGUAGGGAGCCGGAGCAGGAAGGUAUCUCUUGGGCACUAUAGAAGUUUGGCUGUGCUGAGGGGAAGGCGAUGCUCUGAAAGGGGAAAGAGUUGUCCUUCUCCCCCCAACCCCUGUGAGUAACCCAUUCUUCCGUUAUGGUUUUAAUAUGCGUUAUGUAAUUACCUUUACUAAAUAGCACACCAUAAAGCUUUGGUUAUAUAUUAAAUGUAAACUGAAAGGAAUGUAAACAUAUG